AUUCAGGACGCCACCCGUAAUUACUCGUGUCACUCAUCGAUGGGUUCUCGCCUGAGUGAAGUAUCGUUCCUGAUAUUCUGUUCUUUGGGAGUGUUUUUUUCUUAUUUGGUAUAUGGCAUACUUCAAGAAGCAGUGACGAAGUCCAAUUAUGGUCAAGGGGAAAAAUUCAAUUACUUUUUCUCAUUGCUGCUAUUUCAGUGCAUUGUGAAUUCAUUAUUUUCAUUACUAGAAAAGAAAACGACUGCCCCGGAAUGGAACUUCGCUUUAUGUGGUCUUACCUACAUCGGUGCUAUGUUUGCAAGCAACUAUAGUUUGAAGUUUGUAUCAUAUCCAGUGCAGGUCAUUGGCAAAUCUGUCAAACCCAUCCCGGUUUUACUUCUUCAUGUUCUAUUGGCCAAGCGCAAGUACCCCCUAAGAAAAUACGUUUUUGUCACUAUGAUUUCUGUCGGUGUUGCUCUAUUUAUGUAUAAAGGAAGAUCAUCCGCAAACAACUUCUUGGGGUGGGGAGAGGCCCUACUUGUAAGUUCGCUCUUAUGCGACUUCGGGUCGUACACACUGAUGCUCCACAUGAACUUAUGGUCGACGCUGUAUCUUUUUAUAGGUAAUAAUUAUCGAUAUUUUCCGCUCGAAUUAAAAUAUUUCCCAGUGACGUUUAAGCGCUCAAAUUGA